GUUAGACAUGUCCAAAUCUGAUAUAACAGGACUGGCUUACAUUUGCUGCCUGGACUCUACCGAUGACUUUAUCGGCAGACUCAUUACCUCAGAUGGCAAUCAGUACAGUAUACAAGGUAACUUGCAUCAAUGCAGUGGUCAGGAUCACGAUGACCACAACAUGGAUGACGACCAUCAUACCUGUUGCUAUGACGACACUACAAAAAGUGUCAAUCUGAGCAUCACCCGCCUUGACGAGGAAUCGGAAUCCGAUCAUUUCACCAUACCGCGUGUGAUGAAAUCAGGACGAGAUAAUUUCUCUUUGACGUCCAGUUUAGUUGAUUUUUCAACAGAUCAAAUUCUUGUUGGUGAAAAAGCAGAUUCAUUUAUAGAUAAUUAUCUUUCACAAGAACUUGUUGGUAAAGACUGCAUUGUCUGUAUAGGGGAGAUGACAUUGAAGCAUGCACCUUCAUAGUUUGACCUUCCGGUUAAUGGAUACAGACAUCGAAAACCUGGCGGGGGGGGGGGGGAGAGAGAGAGAAACACAUGCGAAGUGUGGACCUACAGGGGCGUUGGAAAAGAUGCAUAUUUUCUGCUGACAAUUUUUGAUGAAAACCCUGUAACUGACAUUGUAACAUAAAGACUGCAUUUUUUGUAUAGGGGAGAUGACAUUGAAGCAUGCACCUUCAUAGUUUGACCUUCCGGGUAAUGGAUACAGAAAUCGAAAACCUGGGGGGGGGGGGGGGUAGAGAGAGAGAAACACAUGCGAAGUGUGGACCUACAGGGGCGUUGGAAAAGAUGCAUAUUUUCUGCUGACAAUUUUUGAUGAAAACCCUGUAACUGACAUUGUAACACAUUGACAUUCACAUUGAUUUUAAUUUUUGUUCUAAAUUUCUUGUUAAAAUAUUGGUGACACUAAUGUUAUCAUGUUUGUUAAGACUCAUUUGUAAAUUACAAUAAAGCACUUUUUUACGUUAAAA